AUUAAAUUAUUUAAUUAUUGGAUAUGUCAACUCCUCAAACAAAAUCAAAAUUGGUUCAAUCUUUUGGUAGAAAGAAGAAUGCUGUUGCCAGUGCAAGUGUGAGAGAAGGAAAGGGUUUGGUUAGAGUGAAUGGUGCUCCAAUUGAAUUAGUGAACCCAGCUCCCUUGAGACAAAAGGCUCUUGAACCACUUUUGCUUCUUGGUUAAGUCAGAACAGGCAGAUUAGACAUCAGAGUCACUGUCAGAGGUGGUGGAAGCACUGCAUAAAUUUAUGCUAUCAGAUAGGCAAUUAGCAAAGGCAUCGUGGCAUACUAUUAAAAAUAUGUAGAUGAAACCUAAAAGAGAGAAAUCAAAGAUCUUUUAUUACAAUAUGAUAGAACUCUCUUAGUUGCUGAUCCAAGAAGAUGCGAACCAAGAAAGUAUGGUGGUAAGGGUGCCAGAGCCAGAAGACAAAAGAGUUAUAGAUGAAAAUUUAAUCACAGUACAUUAAAAAUAAUAUAAAUAAUUAA